AUGCACCUCCCAACCCUCCUCCUAGCCCUGACAACCCUAACAACGGCAACCCCCCUACCCUUCCCCUUUAACUUCAAAGCCUUCAAACACGCCGACGACGCAACAACAAUAACCCAAGCCCAAAUGGAAACCAUUGCGCCAAAAUCAACCUCUUGUGACAACCCACCCGCGAAAGAUGAAUGCGCAACCGGCAAGCAAGCCGCCAAGUUCACAUCCCAGUCCUUCGAUACCUACAAAGUAACCAACAAAGCCGAGCAAGCUGCGAUCAUCUCGCUCAUGGCGUUUGAGAGCGAUGAUUUCCGGUACAACAAGAAUCAUUUCCCGGGUGUUGCCGGGCAGGGAACUCGAAACAUGCAAUCACCAGCCUACAACAAGAAAUACGCAUCGUCUAUCCCAGCACUGAAAGACCAACUCGCCAGCGUGUCCAAUGACCCGGCUGAUUUGUUGGAUUUGUUGCGCAAUGAUGGUGCUUAUGACUUUGGGUCGGGCGCUUGGUUUUUGACCACGCAGUGUUCUAAGGAUGUACGGACUGCUCUUGCUAAAGGUGAUGAGACCGGUUGGAGUCGGUAUAUUUCGGAUUGUGUUGGGACUUCUGUUACCGAUGAGCGGAAGGAGUAUUGGGAGAGGGCUGUUAAGGCUCUGGGGGUUUGA